CUCUGUCUUGAGAGUUACCAUGGAAGCAGAGUGAAAACAGAAGUGUGCAGAGAAAAUCAAGUGCUCAGAUUUUAAGCAAGCCUUGCUGGAGAAGAAGAAAAGAAAUCAAGGUAAACACAGAUCUCUUGAUUAUGGACACGUUGACAGUGUUUGGUGCUGAUGCAGAGGAAGGACACAGUGUUGCAGUCCCUCUGCUUCAAGAUGGUAACUUCAGGGUGCAAGUAGUGGUUCAGGACCUUAGCAGCCCUUUGGAACAGCGUCUGCAGGUGUCCGGUGCCAAGACAGUGGGUGUGGACUUCAACAACUCAACAAGCAUUCAGGGAGCUUUAAAGGGAGCAGCCAAGUGCUUUGCUGUGAGAAGUACUGAUUUCACAGCCCCAGAUCCCUUACAGUUACCUUGUCCUUAGAAGAAUUCUAUUCACUAUCACAUGCAAGUGCUAACAAACAUUUUAUCUAACUAAACAUUUUAAAACAUCAUGUAUUGCUCUAUACCAUAUUAUAAGGAUCCACUAUGUUCUACUUGGUUUGAGUAAGAGGAUUUAUCAAGGAACUUUUUGUUUGCAGUGCGAGAUUCAGUGAGGGUACUGAAUUGCUGAUGCUUGUAAACAGCACAAGAUAAAUCACCUGGUGUUCUGAGGCAGUCACCAUGUGCACAGGACGUGCGGCCUGCCAGCAAGACACAUGCAUGCCAAGGCCUGCGUUAACAACUACAUGAACGAAAUCACACUGCCCAAGACUGAGCUUGUCACUCCCUUCUGUUACAGGCACUUCCUGACUUCCUUCAAACCAGUACAGGCUGGGCUACAAGAUAGUUCCAGAUUUCUGUAAGAACAUUUGUGGAGGAUUAUAAAGGCACCGGAGUCCAGGAUUUUGGCAACAUGUUUGAAUUCUGGAAAAAAGGUGCCCAGAAAACGAACGCUGCGAUAACUUCCUCUCUGUGUCCUGAGAUACAGAGGUUCUCUGAAUGGGUCUCGGAAAACAGGGAGUUUAUCAUUAGCACACUUGAAAAGGAGUCUGGAGCUUCAUAACUGUCUUACACAAUAUCUACAUCUACAUUUGUGAGGAAAGAGUUACUCAUCCUUUACCAUUGUUGCCAAAAUGCCCUGACACAUAUAGCAGGCCUAUCACUCCAAGUGACGCUGUACCCAUUGAAAAAUCUACUAGGAAGAUGGAAAGAGCCUUCUUGCUUCUGCAUCUUUAAAAGAAUAUCUGUCUUGAUGAGGAGAAACCGGGUUGUUUGAUUGCUUAAGUGCCAAGGCUUGGGAGCCAAAUAGAGCCAGAGAAACAUGAUGUUUUGGUUAAAUCCACUUCUGUGUGUGUUCUGUGUGCCCAGGUCUUGGCUAUGAAGAGAAGAUGCAUGCAGUAUUGUCAGAACAUCCAUGUACACACAUCACAACACAGACAGGAGCUGCUAAAUCAGCCGGUGCAUGUUCCAGCGAAUUUGAGCCUGUUCAGUAAAAACAGUGACAUUUACUAGGUUAGAUUACACAAGACUGUCAAAAUGUAUUUUUGCAUUGGGAUGUAAAAGUCAAAUAUCCACUUCUCUUUCCCUGUAUAAUGCUUUAUUUCAUUAUUAUUCAUAAGCACUAUGGUAGUAUUAGGAGAUAUGAGUAACAUAGUUUGGCCGUAGCGUUUGACACACAUCAUUGUAAUACCUGUGGGAAAAUAUACCAGUGAAAAUGUUUGUCACAGAUAUGCUGGAAGUGCUACAAAUGAGGAAGUGCAUUGUGGGAUUAGAACUUUGCAUCAUAGGGGGAUUUUUCUUCUUUCAGAUUUUUGUUUGGUUGUACUUUGGAUUUUUUUUGCACAAUUGAAACUGCCCUUAAAUCAGGAGACACAGCCUUUUUAGACAGGCCCAUAUUGUGUUGAAACAAAGGCUUAGAGUUUCCUGUUGCCGUUUUAACAGGUUAAAAAAUGGAAAACACAGAGUUUCAUAAUACACCUAUCACCUCUAGGCCAUUGAGUUGUACCGGGAAUGUGUUAGUUGCCAUUGUUCCUCAAAGAAAGCAGUAGUUGUUCAUCUGAAACAUGAAACGCACUUGACAAUGAUCCAAAACCUGCUUUUCUUUGUUAUCACACCUUGGAGCAAAAUGUAUUAACAAAGUUGUGAAAUUGGACUGCCACACCCAUGACAUUAAUCAGGACAUUAAACUGUGGAUGUACUGUGUGUCAUACUUGAAAUGGCAUGUUUUAACCCUUUACUGAACAAAAACGAUUUGAAUUGAAAUCGGAAUGUCUGGGAAAGGAGUUGUUUGCAAAAUAUUCUGAUAUUUACCCGUACAGUGAGGUUUGGUUAGUAUGUAAAACUGACAGCUUGACUUGUGUGGGGCAGCGCAGUCUCUUAUGGGUUUGCUGUCUUAGAAUGUAGACUCAUGUAGUCAAGUAUUUGGUCAGCUGAACAAUUUUAUUGCUUUACAGUAGCGGUACAAUAGCCAUGUAUAUUUACUCAACUUACAAGGCAUUUUACAAAGUAACUACCUUUAGGGAAUAACGAAGGUUAGCCCUUCAAUUAAAAUGAAUUAAACACAAUUUAGUUAUUCAUCAUUAGUUUUAGAGCAAUGAACAACUCCAGCCCUCUCAGAAUGGAGAGAUGUAUUAUGUUUUAUAUUUUAUAAAUGGAGUGAAACAGAGUGAUCAUGGUAGACUGAUCCACUUUUAAUAUAGUUUGGUUAGUCUUCUCAACCUAAUUUUAAUUGCCCUAAAUUAUAUUUCAAAAGUAUUAUGAUAUUCUUAAUUGUAAUGUACUUAUGAAGAUUAUCUAUGAAUUGUGUGUGUGUAUAAUAUAUAUAUUGUAUGUGCAGACAGUAUUUAUAACAUUUUAUAUUAAUUUAAUAAGAAAUAGCUAUCUAUAGAGUAGCAGGUAUACCUUUAAAUGUAUGAGGUCUGGCUGAGCCUGUGGGUGGAGCUGCAGUAUACAUGUACUACAAGAUGAUCAUAUCUUAGCAGUCUGUAAUAAAGGCUGCCAGAGUUCUGGGAGUGCUCCCACUGAAGACGCAAGAACAGGUAAAGCACAUAUAUCACAAACUACUUUAGUUAGUUCAACGUUGUAAUAGAAGAAAAACUGAAAUGGUGGGGAAUUAAAUUAAAUGUUGUUUUAGCACUGUACUUUAUAUAUUUCAACAAAGACUUAUGAUACAUGUAAAUCAGAAUGGCAUUAUGUAAAAAAAAAAAAAACCCUUUCCAGGACAUGAUAUUUAAAAAUAGUAAUGAAUAAUCCAAGUAUACUUAUUACUAUCUUUAAUUAAUACAGAUGUGCAAGUUACUCAUUUUAAAAAAAGUCUUAGGACUAAUUUCACAUUUAUAAUGAAUACCAGUGUAUCUAAUGCAAUAAUGCUAAUAAAAAAAUAACCUGUUGCUCACUGCUAACUAAAUGACAGUUUGCAUUGCUUUUCCUUGGAAACCAUUGCUAUGGCUUUUUACUGUUGCAGGUAUAAUUUGUCAUAAUUGUUAUUUAACUGAAUUAAAUACCUUUAAGGGCCAAGAAACGAUAGCAUUGUAAACCAGUUUUUUGUUAGUAUUAUUAAAUGUAUUUAAAGUUAAUUUUAACCACCCUAUAACAUGUGGACACAAUGAAUUAACCAAAAAGAAUUUUAGUUAAAAAUGCACAUUGAUAAACACAAUGUUUGGAGUCUACUGUCUGUAUAAAAAAAAAGCAAGUAUUUGUGGAUCCUGUUCUAUUUACAUCACCUGCCCUACCCUCUUUUUAAUAAUCAUUCUAUAUUUUUUCACAGUGUAUGAUCUGACUCCACUCAACAGAAUCAUGACCUACUUACUGAAAGUGAGAAAGUCCACCAGUAAGCUCCAAGCCCAGAGUAUUGUAGUUUUGGGACUCUAUUUCAUCUUCUGUACACGGUGUGUGCCUGCAGAGACAGAACAUGUCAUUAACUGCUCUGCACAGAAUUACCCCACCACUCCUUGUGCAUUUCCAUCAGACACAAAGACUGUGGACCUGUCUCACAACAGCAUGGAAACAAUACUUCGACAGGAUUUCUUAGGUGUCAGAGGACUGAGGAAGCUCUAUCUACAGUUUAAUAAAAUCAGUGCUGUAGAUCCUGAGGCUUUUCAAGACAACCUAGAGCUGGAGUAUCUGGACAUUUCAAACAACAGACUGCAUGAUAUUUCCACCUUGCCCUUUAGAAGCCUGCCAGCUCUGAAUCAUCUGGAUAUCACCAACAACAUUGACACAGACAUUAUCUUAGGACCUCAGUUUAGCAGCCUUCAAAACCUCCAGACCGUGAAGCUUGGCAAUCCUCAGAUCUCUUCCUUAAGAGAGAACAGCUUCCGAGAACUUGAGGGCCUCCCUCUGAAGGAAUUCCAUCUUAUUACAGGAGACUUCAGUGAAUACGAGCACUCUCUGAAAUCCCUCCAUGGACUUGAGAAGAUCACUCUGGAGGUAAACAUGUGGCAGAAUUUAGAGCUGCUCAAAUCUUUGUUUGAAGACAUUAAAAAUGCCACUAAAACAUUAAAGAUCAUGAGCCUUGAUCUUGUCAAAAGUGGGAAGUUUGUCUCUUUAUUUUCUGCCUUGGAACGCUCACAAGUGGAGUCCCUUGCUCUUCAGAAUAUUUCUAUGACUGAUAACAACAUUGCCAAUUUGUUAAAUGCUUCUAUAAAGUCAGAGAUUGAAGAACUAUCCUUUGAUAAUAUUCUUGUUGACACUAUAGGAAACUGGCGCGCACAAAUUGAGCCAUUUGAACAAACACAUCUGAGAAGGUUCUUUAUUAAAAACAUAUAUAACCCUAACUUUUACAAGUUUUACUCCCUUGAAUAUAUGGUGAACUUAUUUAGGCCACUUAUCAAAGUAUCUAUAGUUAAUGCUGGUCUGUUUUACGUUCCAUGUAUAAUAUCAGAUAGUCUGGAAGUGUUAGAGUCUUUCAAUGUGACCUCUAAUUUGAUUCAAGAAUAUUCACUGUUUCCAGGGUGCCACAGGCCACUGCCUUCUUUGCGAUCAUUAGUGGUUGAUCACAAUAAAUUUGUAGACCUACCUAAACUUGGUUUAAUGACAUCCCAUAUGAAACAGUUGAUGAACUUGUCUGCUGAGUACAACAGUUUGGUCUUCCACUCCAGUACAACAUGCCAUUGGACAGAAAGCCUUAAACGUUUGAACUUGAAAGGUAAUUUCCUCCUGAGCAAUGUCUUUGACUGCCUCCCUGCCUCUUUGGAGGUUCUGGAUUUGAGCAUCAACAACAUCACUGUGGUUUCUAAUAUUGAAAAGAUGAGAAACUUAAAAGAGAUCUACCUCUCUGGAAACAGUAUAUUCACCCUAGCAGAACUGUCCCCUUUGCCCGCUUUGAGAAUCUUGCAUGCCGAUGGGAACAAAAUAACUCAAGUCAACUUGGGUAUGCUGAAAGCUUUCAACCUUAGUGAACUGAAAUUUAGCAAUAAUCCGUUUGAGUGUUACUGUGAUAUACAAGAUGUCUCCAAAUAUUUUGAAAACACAAUGACCAGUAUUAUAGGUUGGCCUGAAAAUUACCAGUGUCAGGUCCCACUGAGUCUUAAAGGAACGUCAUUUAGUUCUGUAUCUCUGUCUCUGGCACAGUGUAAUCCAGGCAUUAUUGCUGGCAUAACUGUUGUCUGUAUUGCCAUACUUGUGGCCUUAUGCAUUUUGCUUUGUAUAAAAUAUAACGUACCCUGGUACUUAAGAACUCUAUGGCUUUGGGUUAGGGCCAAAAAAAGUACAGAUAUUGACCUUGUGGAAAGAAAUUUGGAAUAUCAUGCUUUCCUUUCCUAUAGUGAACAUGACUCCACAUGGGUCAAGACUAAUCUUCUAAAGCAGCUGGAAGAAAGUGACCCUCCAUACCAUGUCUGCAUCCACGAGCGAGACUUCAAGCCUGGGAAGCCUAUAAUCACCAACAUCAUUGAGUGCAUCUCAAAAAGCUACAAGACCAUUUUUGUUCUCUCAAACAACUUUGUGAGCAGCGAGUGGUGCCACUAUGAGUUCUUUUUCGCACACCACCAGGUUUUUGACGAGAAGAAGGACUCGCUUAUUCUGCUGCUGCUGGAGCCCAUCCCCACCAACUCCAUUCCAGACCGCUUUUGUAAACUGAGAAAACUGAUGAACAAGAACACCUACCUGGAGUGGCCACAUGAUGAGACCCGACAGUCCAUGUUUUGGAAGAGAUUGAAGGCAGUGCUGAACCAGGAAAUCAAAGCACCAAGCCAACAGGGCUCCACUGGAAAGUAAUGGGCAUUCUAAUAAACUGAGACUAAACCAUUGACUCUCUGGCUUCCAGUCAAGCAGAUCAUUGUUUAUAAAGCUUUGUAUCUGACAUACAGUUCAAGGCUUUGAAAAAAACUCACUGUGGUUUAAUGAUAUAACUUGUAAACUGAAAUACGAGGGUCAUUAAUUAGAACAGAGAUGGAGGGAAUAUAAAUUGCAUGUUCGUUACAUUGCAUGGAAGGCCCAUCUGGUUAAUUAUAGGCUCUGGUGUUGGCUAGAUCAUCAUAUUAUUCUAAUUUCAUUGAAUCAAAUAAAAAUAACCCUAGAUUUAUUUGUGCUACCCUAGACAAAUUAAUUACCUCCCCACUUAAUAGUCCCACCCUUUACAUUGGCUCCUCUCUUAGCUGCAAUGACUUUUUAAACUUUUAAAAAUAACAUACUGGAGAUCAGAAAUCAGAGUACACAGACACCUUCUAUUAAAAAGGAUUCUAACAUAAUAUUACCAAUUAGAACUGUUAAGGCUACUAUGGAGGCUUUUUCUUUGAUUAAUUUACAUGAACUGACAGCGCUAAUUCAGCAUGUGAGAGCUACCACAUACUCUCUUGAUCCUAUUCCUACAAACUUUUAAAACAGUACUAUUAAUACCCACAUCUUAACAAUUAUAGAUGUUUCACUUUCCUCUGGUAUAGUUCCCUCAGAACUUAAGGUAGCUCUGGUAAGGCCUAUGCUUAAGAAACACAAUUUGGACCCUAAAGUCCUGAAUAACUGUAGGCCAAUCUCCAAUUUACCAUUCUUCGAUAAGGUUCUAGAGAGAGUUGUUGAAAAUCAAUUACAAACAUUUAUAAUUCUUAAUGGUGUAUCUGAGAAGUUUCAGUCUGGAUUCUGUGCUGCACAUAGCACCGAGACAGCCCUUGUCAGAGUUGUAAAUGAUCUGCUGAUAAGCUCUGACUUGGGCUUUCCAUGAGUUUUUAAUUCUCUUAGACCUAAGUGCUGCCUUUGAUAUUGUGGGGGGGGGGGCCGCAUCAUUUGAGACUUAUAUUAAGGAAGUUACAAAAGUAUCUUUUUACCAUUUGAGAAAUAUGGCCAAACUUAGACCAAUUAUUUAUGUAUUUGUUGCUGAGAGACUAAUGCAUGUCUUUGUUUCAUCUAGAAUUGAUUAUUGUAAUGCACUUCUUUCUGGCAUCCCAAAAGGGGUGCUGUCUCGCUUACAGCUCGUUUACAAUACCGCUGCUAUAAUUCUGACUAAAACCAGGAAAUGUGAACAUAUUACACCUAUUUUAACCUCCUUACACUGGCUCCCUGUGCAGUAUACAAUAGAUUUUAAGAUUCUGAUGUUAACCUAUAAAGCCCUAAAUGGGUUAGCACCUAGUUAUUUAAAAUAUAAUUUCAGGUAACAAUAUAUCAAUUAUAUUGUCCAUGUAUUUUCAGAAAUGUAUUAUUCAAUAUAUUUACUAAACAUGUAUUAUAUAAUGUAUUCACAAUAUAUUACAUAAUGUAAAGUGCCUGGACACACACCAUAUUUUGCAUGUGUUCCACCAAACAGAUAUGAAGCAAAUAAAUAAGAAAGGAAUGGAAUUCCGCAAUUUCACUUAAAAAUAACUAUUAUCUUUAAACAUAACGGAAUAUAUCAACAUUUUGUAAAAAUUCAGUGUAUAUAAAACACUCAAGUACAAAAAUGAAAAGCUUUCAACAUAUGCUAAAAGGCUGUUUGCAUUACAACAGGUGUUUGGGCUGCUUCUCUGUAGACCUGCUAACAUUGUUCUUCUGAAACUAUGAGACGUUACAAAAAACUGCUGCUUCCAAUUAAAAAUUCAUUAAUAGCUAUGGAAUUGUUGCUGAAAAAAGAGCUAUGAAAGUAAAAAAAAAGAAAAAUCCACUAAUAAACAGGAAAUACAUUUUUACAAUUUCAUUCUUUUUUUCAUAUUGGUGGGCAUACAGUUUAAAUAUAAGGUGCCUUAAAAUAUGAACAGCCUAUUGUGUCCUUGAUUGUUAUUGACCUCUCUUUUUUUUCUUCUAAAUACUAGGCUUAGCCCAGUAAUUUUUUAUGAGGUAUCUGUAACACUUCGGUAUCUGCAGAAAGAUUGAUUAACGACCAUAUUUGUUCCGUCAAGAAUAAACUUAUUUACCGAAUUAAAAUCAGUGUCUGUUUUUUUAUCUGCUGUACAUGGAUAAACUUAUGAAACCUUGUUGUUUUAAAUUUAGUGCUGCCUGACCGUCGCAGUCUCCCAUUAUAUGCAAUAUAUAAAUAUAUUGUUUGAAAACACU